CCGCUAGCAAUUUGUCACGAUUGCCAUUUCAGUGCUUCUAGAAGUUUAUGGCUCCAGUGGCUUCUGCUCCAGGUGCCCGGAAGAAGGUGCAUUUUGGUAACAUACAUGAUGCAGUACGGGCUGGAGAUGUAAAGCAGCUUUCAGAAAUCAUAGAACGUGGAGCCAGCAUUAAUGAAGUUGACAUUCUCCAUAAAUUUUCCCCUUUGCAUUGGGCAGCACAUUCUGGAAGUUUGGAGUGUCUUCAUUGGCUCCUCUGGCAUGGAGCUGAUAUCACACAAGUAACCAUGAGAGGUUGGACAGCAGCUCAUAUAGCUGCAAUCAGAGGCCAAGAUGCUUGUAUGCAGGCUCUCAUAAUCAAUGGGGCAAAUCUGGCAACUCAAGAUGAUGGUGGAUGCACUCCUUUACACCUUGCUGCAACCCACGGACAUUCUUUCACUUUACAAAUAAUGCUUCGAAGUGGAGUGGACCCCAGUGUGACUGACAGGAGAGAAUGGAAGCCUGUGCACUACGCAGCUUUUCACGGGAGGCUCGGCUGUUUGCAGCUUCUGGUGAAGUGGGGAUGCGGCAUAGAGGACGUGGACUACAACGGGAACCUCCCAGUUCACUUAGCAGCCAUGGAAGGUCACCUUCAUUGUUUUAAAUUCCUACUCAGUAGAAUGAACAACCCCACAUGGGCUCUAAAAGCCUUCAACGAUAAUGGAGAGAAUGUACUGGAUUUGGCCCAGAGGUUCUUUAAGCAGAACAUUUUGCAGUUUAUCCAACGGGCUGAGUCUGAACAAAGUGAUCCAAAAGAUCAGGAGACCUUAGCGUUUCCAGGUCAUGUGGCUGCCUUUAAGGGUGAUUUGGAAAUGCUUAAGAAAUUAAUAGAAGAUGGAGUAAUCAAUAUUAAUGAACGUGAUCAUAAUGGAGCAACUCCUAUGCAUAAAGCUGCUGGGCAAGGCCACAUAGAGUGUUUGCAGUGGUUAAUUAAAAUGGGAGCAGACAGUAAUAUCACCAACACGGCAGGGGAGAGACCCAGCGAUGUGGCUAAGAGGUUUGCCCAUUUAGCUGCCGUAAAGCUGUUAGAGGGGCUACAAAAAUAUGACUUGGAUGAUGACAAUGAAAUUGAUGAAAAUGAUAUGAAGUUUUUCUUAAGACAUGGUGUUGAGGGGAGCACUGAUGCCAAGGAUGAUUUAUGUCUGAGUGAGUUGGAUAAGACAGAUGCCAGAAUGAGAGCUUACAAGAAAAUUGUUGAACUGAGACACAUGCUGGAGAUUGCUGAGAGCAACUACAAACAUUUGGGAGGGAUAACAGAAGAGGAUCGAAAGCAGAGGAAAGAACAGCUUGAGUCGGAAAAGUAA